AUCGAAAUAAUGCGGUCCGUCCAGCCACGAAAAGCCAUCCACCACCACCACCACCACCAUCCGCGGCAGAGGGUCAGGAGUGCGAGUGUGAAAAGGAUCAACGGAAGCGCUUGUUGAAAGGUCGAAGUGCUUAUCUUCUCCUCUCGCCCCUAGCUGUCUUGAAGGUGAUGAUGAGGUGAGAAACGGCACGCGACGUAAUUGUUGUACACACUCGACCUGCGUCGUCGAUCAAUCCUCCCUCUCCCUCCCCAUCCCGCUACCUGCGUCUAUCCAGCAGCAUCGCAAAGAAGUUCGCAUCAAGAAUUAUUCACUUACCUGUGGAUCUCCUGCUGUCGGGAUUGCCACAAAAAGUCGAACCCCGACUGCCUGAUACAUUGGAACCGGAAUGCAUUGAGAAAGAAUCACGUCAUACGGAACGGAAGAAGGAUAUAUAGCCAGCCAUGGCACAACUCUGGUACAUGCCAUUCCCACCAUCGAUGACUGGUCUCAAUAGCAACAACCCGUAUCGCCGCAACAGCACUCCUCUCCUCCAACCACCACAAUCCCAAGCCGAGAUGACUGCCUCCGAAUUCAUCCUCCACGAAGGCAAACGCAGCGAUAGCGUAUCCAGCUCAUCGGACGAAAGCACACCAAGGUCUUCCUCAGCAUGUCCCGCCUACGUCCCAGCGAUCCCAUCUUCCGCCAUUCGCAGAAACAGUGCUCUCGCCGCACAUAGGAAUCCACGAGUCUACAACAUCCAGAACGUCAGGACUCGAUCACUCGGCUACGGAGCCGGUGUAGUUUUCGAACGAGACUUCACCGCUCGACCCACGGACGAAGAUGUCAUUAUCGUCACCGUCAAGCUUUCCAACAAAUUCCGCAGAGGAUCGCUGGAAGGCUGUGAAGAUCUCCCCAGUCGUCCCCAUCCACGCUCCUUCCUCCGCCGUCUCUCAACCCGAAUGGCGCCAGGCCUCGAUCAUUCGGCCGAGAAAGAAGAGAGGUAUAAAGCGAUCAAGAUGCCUAGGGGCGAGUAUAAGAGGUAUUUCGCAAGAGAUAGGAAUGGGAAUUAUGCGGGCACGGAACCUGAGAGGGAGUGGGAUGAGGAGGAUCUUAUGAAGGAGUAUGGGGAGUAUCAGGAUCUUCCGCUCAGCGCUAUUCUUUGCUGA